AUGAAUUUAUUUUCGUGCGGCUGCGGGGCGCUGCUGCGUGAACUUAGCGGGCUGCCGCCUUUUUCUUCCCUCCCUCUCCCUGCCCUCACUCUCUGCGCCGUGCCCCACCGCGCUCCCCAUUUCCCUCUCUGUUUCUUCUUCUUCGCUGCCUCGCAGCCCACUGGCUCUGCCACUCUACGGCCACCACCACCGCUGUUUUUACUGAUGGAGAAGACGCUGGCGGUGCGGCGCCGUGCGGUGUGCGCCUUGGCGCUCCUCGCGCUGCUCUGCGGCUGCUGCUGCGGGGCGGACGCUGAGGAGGAGGCUGCGCCGACCGGGGUUGUGAACGUGUUGGUGGAUGUGUCGUGCCCGGCCACCGGCAACAAGUUGCGUUGGCGCGUUGCCGGCAAGGGGGAUUCCGCUGCCUGGAGGGAGUGUCCGCAGGCAGUGACGGGUGCGAAGAGCAUUGAGGGCGAUGCUGGCAGCAAUACCCUCUGCCUCAUUGCCGGAUCGGCGUACAUUGACACGUCACUGACGCGGAACUGCCCUGCAUCCCACCCAGCAGAUGGAGACACGAAUAAAGUUGUUGCGUUCACGAUGAACUGUACGGCGGCUGCAGACAGCGCGCUGCACAAUCUGUCGAAGAGCAAAGAUGGCACCCUCACCCUCAAUCCAACGGACAAUCCACUGGGCGCGUCAGGCGGUUGUGAGUACCCAACCCCCAGUCAAACCGCGACGCAAGUGCAGCCUGAACCCCAAUCUACAGAACAACAGCAGCCAGCAGGCCCACAACAACAACAACCGGCAAAUGCAGCAGCAGCGUCAUCUUCGGCGCGAACUCAUGACGGAGACCGUACGAGGAAUGGAGGCUCCACUGCUGCUGUUGGGGGGCAGCCGGGCAGUGCGUCGGAUUCCACCGGAAGUCAGGAACAAUCAGCAGAAGGUCGUCGGGAAACUACAACGCCAUCGGUUGGCACUGCGGCUUCGUCAGCACAGACGGCAGGCGACAGGGCAGCAGAAGGAGCGACGACGACGACCACCCGCAGUCCGAGUGAUGGGAACGACGCGAAAAGCAAAGCGGGCGGCAGUGCCACCAACAGCAACGCCACUCAGAAAGCCGUGCCAAAUACUGCGGAUCGCAGUGCCACCUCCACUCCGUUUGUGGACGCAUCUUUGCUACUGCUGCUGCUCACAGCUGCCCUUGCCUGUGCUGCUGGGUAA